UUGUUUGAAAAAGAUAUUGCCGAUUGUUGCCAGUGUGAGGAAAUGUAAAAUAUUAAACUUGUAUAGUAGAGUGUAGUGUUACCGUCGUUAGUAGAUAAAAAAAGUUAACAAAGCAGACAAAAAUGUUAAUAAAUAGUAUUGUAAUAGUAGCUAUAUCACUCUUUUAAAAAGGGUAAAUGUCUUGUUGUGGAUCUAGUUUUACAUACAUGAAAAUUUUUGCUGGUGUGGUAAUACUAUGUGUGAUAUUACUAUUAGUGAAAGGUUUUGCAUUUGUAUUUCCCAGUGUUAAGCCUGUUGGGUAUACUGUUCAAAAUAAUAUGAGCAAUUUAACUUGUGCUAGUGGAGAAGGUUAUCGUGUUAUAAAAGAUUGCUAUUUUUGCUCUAGUUAUGAUAUGAAAUUUGAACAAGCAUGUCAACAGACUGGAAAUGUACAAACAGUUGAAUGUUUUUUGUCAAAAGAAAAGCAUGUUUUAAGUUGCCCAUAUUCAGCAACUUAUGAAGUAAAAAAGUUCUGUGUUUUUGAAGCUUGUUUGUUUGUUUUGUCAGUUUUGUUUUGCCUGAUUGUUUGGUGGAGAAGACGUUCAUUAGAUGAGUUCAUGUACCAUAGACUAAAAAGACAGAUUUCUGCUUCUUGAGACUUGAAAAAAAGUCGCUCCACAAAAUAUUAGUAGACGACCUUUAGAAAUAACUUGGUCAUUACAAAAUAUUUUUAUAUAUGUCAAAUAAUUUCUUUAAUAUAAUUUAGUUAAUAAAUUUUUUUACUGGAA